UCCAGUGCUCACAACUCAAACCCGCCCAACAGUCCCACUAACUGACUCUGCUCAAGGCCCGAACCAAAUACCCGGUCCAAUCCUAGACACCCAACUUACGUCUCCAAAACCCUGAUCUAAUGGCCGCUCCUCUCGUCGGCAGCCACUAUGACCAGAGCCGAUCUGCCGCUGCAUUCACUUGCCAUCAACCUGCCUCCGAUCAACCUACACCAGCCUUUUCCAACCCUAGAUUGACCCUCACCGGCCACUUCCUGUGGCGCAGACGUCUCUUCCCAUUCUCAACCCGUCUACAGCCACAACCACCGCAAUUACUCACACACUAUUUCUGCCACCUGCCUCGCCCAUACCACCAGCCUCAAACAGUGCCGCCUCCUACCAGUUUCUUGCCGUAUCCACCAUGAUUGCACCGCAAACACCACUUAUCCAGCAGACCCACACCAACCGUUCCCCGUCGCCAACUCCGCUGCUCACCACCACCAAUUCCCGUCGCCCGGCACCUCUUAACACCAUUAGCCACCACACGCCGUUGCUUCAUAGCCUUGCAUAACCACCCCACCCAACCACCUGUCACCACGACAAGUCCAGAAAUUCGCCUGCCGCCACCAUCCUCCUCGUCUACCCAGAUCGCCCAACUCAGUUCAGUACCAAACUUCGAGUCACAAUCGCCACAGUCUGCCACCUCUACACUUUAAGGUCUGCUACACCUACAACACGGUCAUUUGCGAGAUCUUCACCCCGCACCACGCCAUCUUAACCUGCUUCAUAGUCCAUUUCCACAGUGGCAACUCCAACUCGUGAGCCUAUUUCAACUUCAGGUGCAAUGCAUAUACUUCUUCUCAAGUAUAUACAUCUACAGUUACCAGGCUGAUUUCCUCUGCAGCAGAACACCGACAAAUUCCAGUGCUCCCGUUACUUCCACUCGGCCCAAAAUUUAGGAUAUAACAUUGUAAGUAGAAUAAAUUUGGAUGCCCUAAUAUUUAAUGUGCUAGCCUCUACUAUUAUAUGGCUUCUUUCUCUGUAGUUCCCUUUAUUUGGUAAUCCUGGGGGUUUCUUCCUUCCUCAUUAUCUAUGUAGCAAAGGAUAUAUCUCUUCUAAUUGCUGCCAAUCAUCUUUCUUGAAGUGAGGUUAUGAAAAGCAAAACAAUUUAGGGAAAAAAGUUGCUUAAGUUAUUUUGAGGAAGAUUACAUGACAUUUUUGCCACUUGUCCUAUUGUAAUGUGAAAGUGAGGUACAUUUCCUCGGCACUAGACAGGAGUACUGCUUCCAUAAAAAAAUUACACCGUUUUAUUUUUAUUUUUUGUUUCCAGAGAGGGUACGUAUGGUAUAAGUGAAAAUUGAAUUCUUUGGCCCUAUGAUCACUGGCUUGUGAAUUGGUGAUCCAAAUGUUAGAAUUAGAAUCUGCAAUAGUAUUAAGGAUUUUACUUGCUGUACCAGAUUUUGCAAAAGUUCAAGAGGAAGAUAAAAUAACUUCUGAUUCCCAUUAUCUUAUCCAAAGUCGUUUCUUGUUAAAAGGUAAGUUGUCAUUACUUUAGAUAGAGCUUAACAUGUAAAUUGAAAAACCUAAAUAUGCAUAUCUUUGAAAGAUGAAUCUGGAAAAACAAAAUUCGUCAUCAAACUGAUUUAGUAUUCAUUUUAAUAUAUACUCCGUUCCAUUUAUAUAAACGGGUUUUGUUUUCACAUGAAUUAAGAAAUUUUAUUUAAUGUUAUAGGAAAAGCAAUUUUUGUCAAAAACUUUCUAGUCUACCCUUAUUUAUAUUUGUACAAUUUCAUGAUUGAGUGGGGAAAAUUAGUUAUAACUAGGCAAAUUAAACAAAGGUAUAUUAGUAAACGAAUAAAACAAAAUAUUCUCCAUAGAGAAAAAGAAUUAUAAAAUUGGGAUAAGAAAAUAAGGAAAGUCAGCCUAUAUAAUUGGGAUGGAAGGAGUAAUAAUUAAUUAUAACAUGUUAUGUCAUAUUUGCUUGACCAACUCAACACUUUUGAUGUUUACCAUUCAAAGUUUAUUUGCUAAUAUUAACUUAUUAUCAUAUUUGAAUAUAACUAAUAUACCACACUCCCUAGUAAAUCAACUGCACAGUAAUUUCAAUCUUCUAAUAUAAACUUUAUUCUUUUAAUUUCAAUGGUGAAUACAACAAAUACAAAAUUUAAUGAUGAAAUUCAUCAAGUUUGGCCAAAUUUUUAUCAGCAUUUAUAUUAGUUGAGAAAUAUUCUGGAUUGUUUCGACUUUCAAUCCUCCCUGAAGAUGUUGCAAUUUAUAUAUUGGGAAUGGUCUAUAAUUGAUUAAUGAAGAGAGGUAACUGGAGAUAAAACUCAUUACAAGUCCUUUCCCAGUUCGAUUUUGAUGUAGUCUAAGAUGGUGGAGUCAUUAGCCACCAUUUCGGAAGGACGAUACAUGUAUAUAAAUGAUACAAACAAGGGUCCACCUGAUGCAAUUGACAUUCACCAUAUCAUCAUUUCAAGAAGCAGUGCGCUGGGUUACAUUUUCUACAUAUUUAUUCUGCUUUCAGCCACUUUCUGCUUUCUCCUUCUCCCACAGGACCUGUCAAUGGCCAUUCUUUUUAGCUUUUCUUUAGCGGUGUGCCUUGUGAAAUCAUGGCAAGGGAAACAAGUUGAGAAAGAGUCGGUUACGAUUUUGCCUGCCUUUGGAGUUCAGCUUGAAACUACUUACAGAAGUGGGAGAACAGUUCGCUGCUUUGUUCCUAUAAGCAAGAUCUUGAAACCUGUCUUAAAUGAAUGCGUGACCCCAGUUACUUGUUACUGGAGUUUGUCUCUUAUUAUACGUGAAGAAGAAGAACUCUUACUAGUUUUCAAGGAAUUACAUCCUCCUAUUACAAUGUUAGUACCCAUCUGGAAAGCUUUGUGUGCUGCCAUCCUCAUUGAAGAAUUCUCAGACGUGCACUGAAAUUAAGAACAUGGAUAAUGCACUGGCAAGCUGUUCAUAUUGUAUUUUCAGCAUACCAGAAGGAUUGUUGGUUAAAAAUCAGAGGUCAAGAAGACAUGCGGUCAUUUUUCCCUUCAGACGAGGUAACUGUUAUAUACGUGGAAUGAGUACUUCUCACUAAAGAAAUACUGUCAUUAACUAGAGUGAUUCGGAUGUUUCAAAUUGAAUUUAUUUUUUGAAAUCAUAGGACUUGUGAUACACUUGAUACUUGUGCCUAAUUUUUGAAAAUUAAUACAACAUUUGAAGAAAAUUAUGUGCUUAACCUUGGCUUUUUUACGUGCUUACAGUUGAUUGGAGAAUAUGUUUAUUUGCAUU